GGCUAUACUCGGAGCUCCGAAGGGAGUGACUGGGGACCCGGUAGGCUUCUUUCCUGCCGGUGCUUUUGAUAUUUCUUGCCUUUUGGUCCCGGCCGAGUGUCGCCCACAGAGCAGAGAUCCCUUCGCAAAACCCGGCGCGACCCUCCAGUCAAUUGUCGGGCUCCGGAUCUUUAAGAGCUUUGCGGUGCCCAGAGCGCGCCGGUCGCGAAGGCGAGGGGAGUGGUGUCGGCCGCGCGCGGGGGGGCCCAGCGCUUUGCCUCCCUCCCUCGCUCGCCCUAGCGGGUCCGCUCGCACCGGGCGCAGGGCGCGCGCCAUGAAGGCGGUGAGCCCCGUGCGCCCCUCGGGCCGCAAGGCGCCGUCGGGCUGCGGCGGCGGGGAGCUGGCGCUGCGCUGCCUGGCCGAGCACGGCCACAACCUGGGCGGCUCGGCGGCCGCGGCGGCGGCGGCGGCAGCCGCACGCUGCAAAGCUGCCGAGGCGGCGGCCGACGAGCCGGCGCUGUGCCUGCAGUGCGAUAUGAACGACUGCUACAGCCGCCUGCGAAGGCUGGUGCCCACCAUCCCACCCAACAAGAAAGUCAGCAAAGUGGAGAUCCUGCAGCACGUUAUCGACUACAUCCUGGACCUGCAGCUGGCGCUGGAGACGCACCCGGCUCUGCUGAGACAGCCGCCACCGCCGGCGCCACCGCACCACCCGACCGGGACCUGUCCGGCCGCACCGCCGCGGACUCCGCUCACGGCGCUCAACACCGACCCGGCCGGCGCGGUGAACAAGCAGGGCGACAGCAUUCUGUGCCGCUGAGCCGCGCGGUCCAGGUGUGCGGCCGCCGCAGCCCGAGCCAGGAGGCUAGAGAGGGAGGGGGAAGAGCAGAAGUUAGAGAAAAAGGCACCGGAGGAAAGGAGAAAACAUCGGCAAAUCCUAGAAACGUUUUCGCCCGUCAUUCCAAGAGAGAGGGAAAGGAAAGAAAAAUAAAACUUUCAUCUUUUUUUUUUUUUUUUGCACGUUCAUAAAUAUUCUACAUCCCGUAUUCUCUUUUGUCUCUUCAUUUAUAACCGCUGUGAAUUGUACAUUUCUGUGUUGUUAUUUUUGAGGUGCAGUUAAACUUUUAAGCUUAAGUGUAACAGAACUGAUAAAUAGCAAGUCAAGAGUAAAUAGGACUUUAGAAGCCUACUUGUGACCAAGGAGCUCAAUUUUUGUUUUGAAGCUUUACUAAUAUACCAGAGCAUUGUAGAUAUUUUUUUUUUUUUACAUCUAUUGUUUAAAAUAGAUGAUUAAAACGGGGCAGGGAACUUGCCCUUUUUCCCUGCAAGAAUGUUACAUAUUGUAUAGAUAACUGAGUGACAUUUCAUACCAUGUAUAUAUAGAGAUGUUCUAUAAGUGUGAGAAAGUAUAUGCUUUAAUAGACUACUGUAAUUAUAAGAUAUUUUUAAUUAAAUAUUUUUUGUAAAUAUUAUGUGUGUCUUUUUUAAAUCUAUGGGAAUAUUUCUUUUGGAAAAUUAUUUUUCAGCUCAAUUGCAGAGCUCUUGAUAUUUUGAAUGUCUUUUCUGUUUGGCUUGGCUUUUAACUUGUUUUUGUUUUGCGAAGUACCGUGUAGAAUCGGAAGUAACAGUUACAGCUAGUGGCCCUGCAUGACUGCAUGAAAUGUUUAAUCACAAAAUAAACUUGUUCUGAGUCCAUUCAAAUGCCUUUUCUUUAACCUAGAUUGAAAUCUUCGUGUUUGAAGCAUACAUGUUGGAAAGAUAGUUUAUCAGUUUUUAAGUACGGGGCUUGAUGGUGUAAUAUAAUAUAUAGAGUCAGUGUUUGUUAUUUGUGUUUUGAUUGAGGUCAACAUGGAUUCUGAAUGAUUUUGCAUAUGAGAUAGGGAAAUGCUUGGAUCCUUAAGGAGUUUAUGAAAUCUGUUUCAUCAAAGUGGGGAAAAAAAAAGCUUAUCAUUCUUCAUUUUACACUAAAGUUUCAUGUUUGUACAGAUUAUUUAAAUCAUAGAAAUGAAAAAUGUUCUCUGCCUGCUACCAAAGGACAACCUCUUGGAAAUGAACACUUUCUGCUUUCCUUCCUCCAAAGAAUAUUAAUAGGCAACAGUGAGAGAGAAAAAAUAAAAAGGCAUAAUGGCAAACCCUUCAAGCAGGGAUAAAAGUCGAUCUUCAAACAUUAACUUAAGUAGACCAAAAAUUGAUGACCACCUCUAGAUUAUUUUUUUAUAAAAAUGAUUUUCACUAUAGCUAUGUUAGUUACCGGUAAACUGUCCAAUCUCUUGUGAUGUGCAACUUUUACAUGUGAAUAUUAAAGUAGAUUUAUCUGUCUUGUA